AUGUUGAAAAACUUCCUGAUCCUCGAAAUACGCAUAAAUCGCUUCAACCGCCACAGAAUAUGGUUCCAGCAGGAUGGGGCAACUGCCCACAAAGCCAAUGUGGUAAUAAACUUCUUAAGAAGCAAGUUUCGUGGCCGAGUCAUCUCGCGUUUCGGGGACAUUGCGUGGCCACCUCGCUCCCCGGAUCUCAGCAUCUGUGACUUCUUCUUGUGGGGACUGCUAAAAUUUAGAGUAUACACAAACAAACCCCGCACAUUGGAUGAACUGAAGGAAACUAUACGCCAAGAAAUAGCCAACCUCUCUCCUGAAAUGUUAGGGAAAGUGUUUGACAAUUUCAGUGCAAGAUUGGAAGAAUGCAUCGCCAAAGACGGACAUCAUUUGAAAGACGUUAUAUUCAAAUCUUAA